AACGUGCAACACCUGUACAAAGUUAUUUUUAAUUCACAAUGGCAUGGAUUGAUGAACCCCAGAAAACUCACCAACAUUUGUAGUCCUUCUUGCGAAUUUUGAAUACAUUCAUCAGUUUGCUCAUUGUUGGUUGAUUGUUGGAAAAAUCGAAGCGGUGAAUCGGAAUCGGAAAGUCGUCGGACGUUGCAUUUUCCGACAAUUAAAAGUUAUUAUUUUUUGUUAAAGAUUUACUUUCGUAUUAGGUUUCCCCUUCACUUGGCUGAUUGUGUCGUAGUUGCUGUUCCGUUUAUUAACGUUUCGUGAAUUGAUAACUGCUUUUGGGGGCUGCUCUCCACACAUUGUUGUGUGUGCAGCGUGAACAUUUGUUGUUGUGUGGUUGCAAGAUGACUGACGUCUACGACGGCAACGGUGACUACGCAACAUACAACGAUGAUGAUGAUUAUGGCAAGCAACGUAAAGGCGGUUGUGUACCAGGAGUAGAUCCUCAUAAUGGUGAUAGCUCAAAUCAUGAUCUACACCACCAUGUGGGCGGAGUUGUUGGCAGCGGUGGUGGAGGCGGUGUGGUCGGUGGUGGGAUGGGAAUGAUGGGAGGCGGAGGUGAAGGUGGUCAAUUGAAUGAUAAGGCGAACGAGUACAUUCGCGAUUGCAUGGCGGAGAAAAAUCGUAUGGAUAGAAAGUUUCCAAUUGCCGAAAAAUUAAUGGACUGUGAAAUCGAAAAGGUCCAAUCGAUGGGUCGCAUACCACCACGCGAACAAAAAUAUGCAGAUAUUUAUAGAGAAAAACCUCUUCGUGUUUCUCAAAAGGUUUUGGUGCCAAUUCGGGAACAUCCCAAGUUCAAUUUUGUUGGAAAAUUAUUGGGACCAAAAGGAAAUUCCUUGCGCCGGUUGCAAGAGGAGACACUAUGCAAAAUGACCGUACUAGGACGCAACUCAAUGCGUGAUCGCGCGAAGGAAGAAGAAUUGCGUUCGUCAAAAGACCCGAAAUAUGCACAUUUAAAUAGUGAUUUACAUGUGGAAAUCUCUACAAUUGCUCCACCGGCAGAAGCUUAUGCACGUAUCGCCUAUGCAAUGGCCGAGCUACGCAAGUACUUAAUACCUGAUAGUAACGACGUUAUACGACAAGAGCAACUAAGAGAGUUAAUGGACAAUACAGGCAUUUCAGACGAUGUCACUAAGUCAGCUUAUAAGAAAAUACCGCAUCAGCCGCCUGGUAGUAAUCUUGCUGGCGGUGGUGUUGGUAGUGCUGGUGGCGGUUGUGGCACUGCCGGUGUUUUAGGUGGUGCUGGCGGUACGAUGGGAGCAGGAGCUGGUGGUACCAAUAUGUCAAUGGGUAAAGGGGCGCCACAUCAUGCAUACAGAACCCCACAAUCCACGCAAAAUUUGCAGUUUAAUAAAAAUACGGUAGCACCUAAGCAAAAGGUGUUGUCCAUAUUAGAGAAGGCUCGAACUGCCAUGGAAGAAACAUAUGGACGCGGCUACGAAGACCCGAUCUCAUAUGAACAGCCCUCUUACGAUGCUUACCCCUAUGGCCAUGGACCGAAUACUCAUGCACAUACUGGACAUGUGCCAAGUAAUACCGGCAUAGGCACUGCAAAUAUGGCACCGCGUGGCCCCUAUGAUGUUACCGAUUAUGAAACAGAUUACAAUAGAAGAGACUAUUAUCCCAAUUCGUCGAAUUUCGGAGGUGGCGGAGCUUCGACUAUGCAUUCAAAUCACAACACUGGCAUAAACCCUAAUCAUAAUCGAAGCCACGUUAAUAGGUGAAAUUCGUUCGCCAAACUACACACAAAUGCAAGUAUUGUUGCGUCGCACAUUACCACAGCAGCUACAGCAGUCACCACAAAUAACACCUCCCCAACCACCAAAGUCGGACAGUGUAUCAAUAACAUUACCAACAAUUAUUACAACAACAACAAUAACAACAUUAAUAAUACUAAUAAUAAAACCACCAUUACAUCCACACAACCCCUAUUUAGUAACAGUCAACAAAAUUCGACGCUCAUAAACCAACAAAACUCAAUUGGGCAAAAUGUUGGCGGCGGUGGUGCUAAUAAUGUUGCAAAGCAUAUAAGUAUGGUAACUGGUUUAGGGCCCACAAUGCAACAGCAAUUUAAUACGAAUGCGAAAAAUAACCACACUCAACUGUUGUCACAACAGCCACAACAACAAAAACAGCUGUCAGCGAAUACGCUGCAACAAACGCCGCAACAGCAACGGCAUCAACAAACCCACCCACCGCCACCACGUCAAUCACACUCUUACCCUUACAACAACAAUAAUAAUAAUAAUAAUAGCAACAAUAAUCUUAAUCUUAACAUAAGCAAUGUUGCGCCCAAUAUAUCCGGCAACAAUAUGUCGAAAUCACAACAACAACAACAAACUUACGCGGCAAUCACG